ACAACACUUACUACUCACCUUCUUUUUCUAAAACAUAGUAUCAAGAUUAAAGCCUCUUAUUGUGCAGCUAAAUAGCUGUGAUAGGUAACUGACUGAUCUUGUCAAAAUGACUGAAGAUCAGGACUUGAUGGCCAAGAUCAGCCAGCUUGCUGGCCAGAUCAACAGGUUCAAGAAUGACAACGGCCAGGCGCAGCCAUCCAACAACGAUGCGACACACUCCGGUCCGCAUGUAGCGCGACAUACCUCAUACCGCGGACGUUCUGGUUGGGCUCCGUAUCGCGGACGACCAUACGGCCGAGGGCGCCCUGUAGCUCCCCACCGCCACCGUACCCUCAUCCUCAACAAUUCCGCAACUCCAGGCUCGCAAGGCUUGACCCCAUCCGAUAACAUGGCGAUAGACAAUGAGGAGAGCAGCCGCUCUGCGACCCCGAAUGCCUGGGUGACGAAACACGCGCGCCACAUGCAGCUGAUCAAUUCCGCAGUCUACGAUAAAGAGGCCCAGAAGAGGGUGAAAGCUUUGGAGGAGACGCGCAAAGCAAAGGCACACAAGAAGGCGCAGAUUGAGCAGGCGAAAGUGCUGCGCUUCGCUCAGGGCGCUGGCAAGCAAUAUCGCACGGGCCCCGUCCCUCAGGUUACUGCGGCUGGUGAACCUUCUGGAGAGUAUCAGAUUUUCCUCAACGAUAUUCCUUUCCGUGUGUCGCCCGGGGGAGGCAAGCUGAUCAGAGUUUCUAGUGCGAUCCCCGCUUGUCCCGCACUAGAAGAGAGAACCAGCUUACGUUUGGUAGAUGACCCGAAUACUGUGAAGAAUACGCCGAAAAAGGUCAAAGUUGCGGGUGUGACGUUUGUACGAAGCAAGAACGGGAACCUUCAUCGUCUUGGUGCCGUAACCUCGAAAAGAAUGCCCUCGGCCGUCAAGAAGAAGGACGAGCUUUGUCAGAGAUUUACUACGACGGGUACCUGUUACAAGGGCCCAGGCUGCCGCUUCAUUCACGAUCCGAAUAAGGUUGCCAUUUGCAAAGACUUUCUUCAGACUGGCAAAUGUAACGCAGGUAAUAGUUGCGACUUAUCCCAUGAACCAUCGCCUCAUAGGUCUCCCGCAUGUGUGCACUUUCUUCGAGGCCGCUGUGCCAAUCCGGAGUGUCGCUACUCACACGUUCGAGUCACGCCUGGAGCGCCAGUGUGCAGGGACUUUGCGACAUUGGGUUAUUGUGACAAGGGCGAAAUGUGUGAGGAAAGACAUGUUCACGAGUGUCCCGACUAUGCGAAUACUGGCGUCUGUGGAAAGAAGCACUGCCGACUGCCUCAUGUUGACCGAGCAGGACAGAUUCGGAAGAAUGCUGCUCCCAAAGAAGACGUCACAGGCAAUGGCGAGGAGUCUGAUGCUUCUAGCGAAGAGGAAGAGUACGACGAGAUUGGCUCCGACGAUGUCGACUCUGACUACCUUUCUGAUGAGGAACUCAUCGAAGGCGCGGAGACUGGCGAAAUCUCGCAGCAGCAGGAUUUUGUCCAUUUCUGAUUGCACAAAGUUACUAACCACAGUCCUGUAAUCUAUGGCACAUCUUGCUUUAGGUGCUUCGAAUGAGAUGGAAGAUAGCUGGGACGAUUUUAGACUGUUGGAUAGCUGGUCGUUUUGCUUUCGUGUUUUAUGAAUACCCCAGAUACCCUAUCCAGCUUUGUACAACAGUUUCACGCGGUUCUUAAGAGCUGAUAUGACGACGGUAUGAGGUGGAGAGGUAGAGGGAUGAUACACCAUGGGCGGGCUGUAGAAUAUUUUUACCUGGUACAUAGCACUUGAAUAGAAGCAAUGGAAUUGAUUAUCUUGAC